GCCAUGUCAGGUCGCGGCAAACAAGGCGGUAAGGCCCGCGCCAAGGCCAAGACUCGGUCAUCCCGGGCCGGCCUCCAGUUCCCGGUGGGCCGCGUGCACCGCCUGCUCCGCAAGGGCAACUAUUCGGAGCGGGUCGGCGCCGGCGCGCCCGUCUACCUGGCUGCCGUGCUGGAGUACCUGACGGCCGAGAUCCUGGAGCUGGCGGGCAACGCGGCGCGCGACAACAAGAAGACGCGCAUCAUCCCGCGCCACCUGCAGCUGGCCAUCCGCAACGACGAGGAGCUCAACAAGCUGCUGGGCCGCGUGACCAUCGCGCAGGGCGGCGUCCUGCCCAACAUCCAGGCCGUGCUGCUGCCCAAGAAGACCGAGAGCCACCACAAGGCCAAGGGAAAGUAAAA